GCCCGUUGCUAGGAGGCGGGGACGCCUGCCGGCUGGGGCCCAGGUCGCAGUAGGCCCCGGCUGGCUGGGAGAGGUGAGCGAAGGCCGGCUGGUCCUCUCCGGCUGGCCCGCGCCUGCUGGGCCGAAGACACGCGGCUGCCCCGGCCUCGAGCAGCGAUGGAGCCUGGGAAGAGACGAACCAAAGAUGAUACUUGGAAAGCAGAUGACCUCAGAAGACACCUCAAGGCUGUGCAAUCGGGUAGUCCCAAGGAAGAUAAGAAAGUUAGGGAAAAGAAAGUGCACAAGGAGUCAGAAGUGUGCUGCUCUCUUGAACACAGAGAGCACAAGAGCAGGGAUCCAGACCGAGAGGCCCGGCACAAAGAGAAGGCUGCUGAGCGAGGCCUGUACACCUCCACAGAACGUCUUCGUGUGGAGAGAGACCGCGAGAAGCACAAAGAAAGAAGGAAAGAUGUGAAAGACCGUGAGAAAGACAAACUGAAAGAGCGACACCGAGAACAAGACGCAGAGAAGCCUCAUAGUCGAGGCAAAGACAGGGAGCGAGAGAAGGACAGAAAGGCCCGGAAAGAAGAGCUCAGGCAGACGGUCGCCUACUAUGACCUCUUGGGUCGAGAGACGCGUGGCCGGCAGAUGCUGGAGAGAGUGGAAAAGAAGGCCCACGCAGUAAGUAAAGUCCGAACUGAGGAAAAAGAAAGGAGAGAUGAAGAUCCUGAAACAGAAGAUGACGACAGAGAGAGAAGAUACCGAGAACGGAAGCUGCAGUAUGGAGACAGUAAGGAGAACCCUCUGCACUACUGGCUGUAUAAAGAGGACAACGAGAGGAAGCACAAGCGGGUGAAAGACGCCGAUCGGGAGAAGAAGCACCGCGAGAAAAGCAGCACAAGGGAGAAAAGAGAGAGACACACCAAAGACAAGGCGAGUGUGCUCACGCUCACGGACAGGGAGGUGGACGAGAGACACAGAGAGAAGCGGCACAGGGUAGGACUUCACCACGAUGAGGACAGGCGCCGAAGUCACACAGAGAAGAAAGAGAGAGCUUUGAAAGAAGAGCACAAGAAAAGGGAAUCGAAGGAACCUGAACAGGAACACAUUGACGUAGAGGCUCCUGGGGCUGAUGGAUAUCAGGCCAAUUUUGAUGAUGAUUUUGAAGACUACGAAGAUGACUUUGAGGUUUGCGAUGGAGAUGAUGACAGCUAUAACGAGCACGACGCGGAAGAGAAAGCGGAAGAGCUUCCCCCAGCCCAGAGAAGGGAAAUACAGGAAAUUCAGAAGGCAAUCAGUGCGGAGAACGAAAGGGUUGGAGAGUUGUCUUUGAAGCUGUUUCAGAAGCAAGGUCGAAUGGAGUGUGCGAAGGAGCCCUGGGCAGAUGCAAAUGGUUCCACUUCCAGAACCCCUGUUGGUGGAAUUUUUGUGGAUUUUGUAACAGCCUCACAUCGCCAGAAGAGUCGGAGUCAGGCCAUUAAGCAAAAGACACGAAGUGCAAAACUGCUCCGGCUUAUUGAUUUAGACUUUUCGUUCACUUUCUCUCUCUUGGACCUACCACCAGUAAAUGAGUAUGACAUGUACAUUAGGAACUUCGGGAAAAAAAAUACCAAGCAGGCCUACGUUCAGUACAACGAAGAUAAUGUUGAGAGAGACAUUCAGACUGAAGAUAUAGAAACCAGGGAAGUGUGGACCCAGCACCCAGCAGAAGGCACUGCUGUGUCUGGAGGUAGUGAAGAAAAAGACUUCCCUGGUGUCACGGUUGUACCAAAGAUUGACACCCCGCGGCUGUCGAGCUUCCUCCGGGCAGCGUGUCAGGUGGUCGCUGUUCUGCUUGAAGAGGACCGUUUGGCAGCCGGACCCAGCUGGAAUUCCCGAGCUCAAGACAAAGCUCUGCGUGUCAGUGACAGCUCCUCUCAACUGAACAUGAACCUGCCGUUCCUUCAGAGUCGGAAAGUAUCCAGUUUGCAUGCCUCUCGGGGUCAGAGGCAGACUGUGGUGUCUGUUCACGACUUACCUGAAAAGGCAUUUGCCCCACAUCUGGAUACCAGGCACCUCCUCUGUGUGUGGGAUAUUUGGCAGCCUUCAGGGCCCCAGAAGGUUCUGAUAUGUGAGUCAAAGGUCACAUGUUGCUGCUUUAGCCCUUUAAAAGCAUUUCUGCUGUUUGCGGGAACAGUACAUGGAUCUGUGGUCGUGUGGGACUUAAGGGAAGACUCCAGGAUACACCAGUAUGUGAGGCUGAGCAAUUGUCUCUGGGCCUUCAGGACCCCAACAUUUUCCACUGAUGGAACCCUCACGUCAGUGAGCCACCGAAGUCCUCUGCAAGCCAUAGAGCCAGUUGCCACAUCUGCCUACAAAAAACAGAGCUUUGUGCUUUCACCCUUUUCUACUCAAGAAGAAAUGGCAGGCUUGUCAUUUCACAUCGCUUCCCUGGACGAGAGUGGCGUCCUCAAUGUAUGGGUGGUUGUUGAAUUACCAAAAGCAGAUAUCUCAGGUUCAAUGAGUGAUUUAGGUCUGAUCCCUGGAGGGAGGAUCAAGUUGGUGCACAGUACUGUGAUCCAGCUGGGCAACAGCCUUUGCCGUAAAGAUAGUGAGUUCUGGGGGUCCACACAGACGCUAAGUGUCAGAUUCCUGCCGUCGGACCCUAACCACUUUGUGGUUGGCACUGACAUGGGACUUAUAAGCCACAGUAGCAGACAAGAUUGGAGAGUCUCUCCCAAGGUGUUCAAGCCUCAGCAACGUGGUGUCAGACCAAUAAAAGUUAACGUGAUUGAUUUUUCACCAUUUGAAGAAAACAUUUCCAUACCCCAAUUGCAGGCUGGCUGUUCAGAUGGAAGCAUCAGGCUGCACAAAGUGACAUCUGAGAGGCCUGUCAUUCAGUGGGAGAACAGCACCAGCAGCCGAUCUGUUAUUAGCUUGCAGUGGUCCCCGACAAGGCCUGCUGUGUUCUUGGUCCAGGAUGAUGCAUCCAGGAUCUAUAUCUGGGACCUUCUUGAGAAUGACCUGGGUCCUGUGGUCCAGCAGCCCAUCUCUCCAGAUAGGCUUGUGGCCAUGACUAUCAUGGGGGAGCCUGAGAAGACCAGUGGUGGCUUUGCGGCUCUGGUGUUGGCCAGGGCCUCGGGCACAGUCGACAUCCAACACCUGAAGAGGCAGUGGACCACCCCAGGGGCAGAUGAACACAGCAAGCUGCGUCUGCUGCUUCUGAAGUGAAGACUUAGUGUCGGGAGAGUGAUGGGCACAUAAGACUUGAUUACAGGAUGGAUUACUUGACCCUGUGUUCACGUGCUUUGUGUGCAGAGAAUGUGUAUAUUCUGUACCUAGUUUGUUUUAGGAGAAGAGUACUUUGGUAUUCCCAGGAAAUAAAUCACUAUUUUUAAUGUAAACAGUGAACAUUUCGUAUAUACUAAACUUCAAAGGAAAUACCAAGUGAUGUCCAGAAAGCUUUUCUAAGAGUAUUUCUAGUUAUUUUUGGAACAAUUUAAAAACACUGUCACAUUUAUUACUGGAUUUUAAACAGGCCACCAUGAAAAAGUACUUUAAUGGACUAUUUUCUUAGCCAUGCAUAAAAUGAUAUACAUAUAUCUAAAGAGAAAUUACUCACUUUGGAGAUGGCCUCCACCAGCCUUCUGUUU